AUGGAAUUACACCCAACCAACCAACCAACCAACCAACCAACCAGUUACCGUUUCCUCGUUUACAGAUUAUUUCAAGAGGACGUGAAGCAAGUUUUGGACUGGUUGACCAAUCACGGCGAAGUUUUUAUCAGAAAGAACACAGGUGUGGGUCGGAAUCUUCAAAAGGCAAGAGUAUACCAAAAGAGUCACGAGCAUUUUGAAAAUGUCGCUCAGAAUACUUACACGAAUGCUACUAAACUGCUUACCGCCGCGCAAGAACUGGCACACACGGGUGAGUGCGCUGCCGACGAGAUAUACGCCGUGGCGCAAGAAUUAGAAGCUCACGUUAGUAGCUUUGCGGCAAGAGUCGAGCAACGUCGCCGAAGACUGGAUCUGGCGGUUGUGUUUUAUACGCAUGAGAAAGAGUUGAGCGGUUGGGUCGACGAAUUGCGACAAGAAUUGCAACAGGACGAAGUAGCGGAGAAUCUGGAGACGGCGAAAAGACUGCUGGAACAGUGUGCGCAGCAUCGAGCCUCCUGCAUGGAAGCUUGCGCCUCGACUAUCGUUCAGGGUGAAGCGUUGCUUCGAGAACUUCGAGAAUCUACCGACGCUCCCGAUACUACCGGCUCCAUAUCCGCGGUAGAAGCCGCCCUGGACAGGUUAGCGGGCUUGAGGCAAGAGCUGGAGGACUUGUGGGCUACGAGGAAAUUGAGACUCGAACUGUGUCUACGAUUACGCGUGUUCGAGAGAGAUGCUUUGGAAGCGAGCGGUCAGUUGGAGAUGUGGGCGCAAGAAUUGCAAGGUCCACCUCGAGAAGGUUCCCCCGAGCAACUGUUGCGCGUGCACAACGAUGGCGUUGCUCAUAUGCAAAACACUGCAUUCCAGGUUCUGCAACAAGGUCAAGAACUCGCUCAGGUAUUGGAACAAGCGGUUGGAGUUUGCAUAAUGGCAGACGGGCAGCACAGUGCCGCGUCCAGGGUACAAGUGCUGCUCGAGUUCUUGAACGAGAGGGAAAUGGACGCGGAAGACUUGGCAGAGAUGAGGAGAGUACGUUUGGAGCAAGCCUCUCAACUGGUGCAACUACAGACCGACGCUACGCACGUGGCCAAUUGGAUUCGCAACGGAGAAGCGAUGCUGUUGGCUUCUCUGAGAGUUCCGGAGAAUCUACAGGACGCGGAGCAGCUUCGCCUGGAGCACGAACAAUUUCAAGUUGCUAUAGAGAAGACGCAUACGUCGGCUGUUCAGGUGAAACACAGGGCGGAUGCGUUGGUAAGCGCGAAUCACUACGAUCCAAAGAGUAUAAGAGAAGUGGCGGAGGACGUGACUAAAAGAUGGCAACAACUGGUAACGUGCGCGGAGGAGAGGCACAAGCUGGUAACUGCUAGCAUUAAUUUUUAUAAAACGGCGGAACAGGUUCGUUCCGUGUUGGAUAGCCUGGAACGUGAAUACAAGAGGGACGAAGAUUGGUGCGCUUCCGGCGAGAAGGCGACGCAGGUGCCGACGCUCGUCGGCAAACAUCAAGAGCAGAAGGAGGCAUUCUUGAAAGCGUGCACGUUGGUGCGACGUACGGCGGAAACGUUUCUCAAAUAUACGAAUCGCAGUCUUCAAUUUUAUAGUAUUUUGGAAGAGUUGCUGAGUAAAGAAAAUCGCGUGCUCGAGUAUUGGACGCAGCGUAAGAAGCGAUUGGAUCAGUGUCAUCAGUACGUGUUGUUCGAGCGCAGUGCUAAACAGGCUCUGGAAUGGAUCAGGGAAACGGGUGAAUUGUAUUUAGCCACGCACACCAACGUCGGUAAAAAUCGCAUCGAGAACGAACAGUUGUUGCGCGAGCACAACGAGUUCAAAGGAGCUGCGAAGGAAACACGAGAAAGGGUGAAGCUGUUGAUUCAACUUGCGGAUAAUCUAGUGGAGAAAGGGCACGCUCAUGCAGCGGCGAUCAAACAGUCGGUGGCCGAAGUGGAUCAACGAUACAAGGACUUUAGUACGCGGAUGGAUUGCUACAAAGCUCAGAUCGAAGAAGAUCUGGGAAUUCAAUCCGACGACGGUCAGAAAGAUCCAUUCUCCAUCGAUCGGAAUUCCGAUCCUCUGCUCGAGGAGAAAAUCAAGGGGAAAGAUCUGAAGGAAUUGAACGAAGAGAAAAGGAGAUCGGCAAGGAGGAAAGAAUUUAUAAUGGCUGAACUGCUGCAAACGGAACGAACUUACGUGAAGGAUUUGGAAACUUGUAUCCGAUGCUUUUUGGAAGAGACGCGAUGCGGUAAAGGGAACGUUCCGUCUGGAUUGCAAGGCCGAGAAUCGAUCAUUUUUAGCAAUAUGGAAGAGAUUCAUCAGUUUCACAGUAACGUGUUUCUUCGCGAGUUGGAAAAGUACGAGACUAUGCCGGAAGAUGUUGGGCAUUGUUUCGUCACGUGGGCUCCUAAAUUCGACAUGUACGUGACGUAUUGCAAAAAUAAACCGGAAAGUAAUCAAUUGUUGGUCACUCAUGGUGGAACGUGGUUCGAAGAGUUGCAAAGGAAACAUCGAGUUGAACAUCCGAUCGCGGCAUACCUGAUCAAACCGGCUUGUUGUCAAGAAGGCCAAGGGGAGAUAAAAGAUGGUUUAGAAGUGAUGCUAAACGUGCCUAAGAAAGCGAACGAUGCCUUACAUUUGAGCAUGCUGGAAGGUUGCGACGUCAGGAUAGACACACUGGGCGACGUGGUGCUGCAAGACUCUUUUACAGUUUGGGAUCCUAAGCAGCUGAUCAGAAAGGGCAGGGAUCGGCACAUAUUUCUGUUCGAGUUGUACCUACUGUUCAGCAAAGAGGUGAAAGAUUCAGCCGGAAAGGUGAAGUACAUUUACAAAAGUCGUUUGAUGACUUCGGAGCUAGGCGUGACCGAGCAUAUCGAGGGUGACGAGUGCAAGUUCGCGGUUUGGACAGGUCGAGCGCCAACCAGCGACACGCGCGUCGUCCUUCGAGCCAAUUCGAUGGACGCUAAGCAGCUGUGGGUGAAAAGACUGCGCGAGGUUAUACAGGAAACGUAUUUCAGCUUGAGCAUGCCCAAGAGCCCCGCGAAAAAGAGUUCGAGUCAACGUUCCAGCAGAGAUCUCGAAGAGUGUGCAUCUUUGGACGACAGCGUUGAAAAUUUAGAUAGAAAUUCCCUGGCGUCCUUUGGUUCCACCAACACCACCGAUUCCGACAAGGAAGAGGAAGAGGAAGAGGAGGAGAGGAGAGGAGAGGAGAGGAAGCAUCAUGUGGCUGGCGCGUCCGUUCGUAACAACUGGUAGCUGCUGUUUGUCCCUUGUCCACGAUACGUGAACAACGCGAUCGCUCGCGCGCGUUCGUGCACGUGAAUCGGAGGAGCACGAGGCAAACGAACUGUCAUGACGUCACCGGCGGGAAAGCCUGCGACAAUCGUGAAGAAAGCCCGCAGGAAGAUCUCGUUGCCUUGGUUUCGUCAGAGUUCCGUAACUCCGCCGCACGCAGCUCUCUCCAGGCAGCACACCAUCGAUACCCCGAGCUCGUUCCAGGCUCGACUCUUGCAUCGCCAACCCUCCCUCUCCCAGACCGGCGUUGCCGAAGUGACUUGGGUUAUAGCCGAUCACGCCGCGGCGCCUGGAUCGAAGGAAUUGACAGUAACGAAGGGCCAACAGGUCGAAGUGUUGGAAAAUGGGAAUAACGUUGGCGGUGCGAAUACGUCCGAGUGGACGCACGUACGUUUACUGGUCGCCCCGGGACAAGUUGAUCCUCCGCCGGAAGGACUGGUUCCUACUAGCGCGCUUAAACAGCCUCCGCCGCCCGUCUCUACUAAAACUUCAC